GCCUUGCAUCAGCUUUCACAGGAACAGCUUUUCUUCAAAUAUACGCCGAAGCAUUGCAUCUCAAUCGUGGUGCUGCUGAUCAUUUUUGCAUUCCCGCAUCCAUAAGCAAAAGUGAACAAAGGAAUCAUAGAAAUUCACUCUUGUUUCUUUUCUUCCAUCUCAACUAAAACGCGAUCAUGGCUGCUGGUGAUGUGGCAGUUGCCCAUUCAGGUGACACUCUCUCACGCAAACAAAGCACUCCUUCUCGUCGUUCAAUCAUUUCUAGAAUCGGUAGCAAAGGUGGUGAAUUACAAGCUCCCGUCAGUAAUACAGAUGCUGUCUUACGUUCACGUACCGCAAGUACAUCCGAUUCCGGUUCAGUAAGCAAACGUGGAAGUAAAGCAAACGGAUCGAUCAAAAAGCAAGGUAGUAUCAAUAGCAACGAAAAACCUCCUUCUUUGGGAGUAAGUAACGGAGAUGCUCCAAAUUAUCUACCUGUUCCCAACGGCGAUUCAAAUGGCGGCUUGACACCGCCUCGUAAAGAUUCCGAUAAUCGCAGUAAUGCUUCUCGUCGUUCGGCACGUAAUGUGAUCUCUGGCAUCAUUUCCCGUUCAAGAAGUCGUCAAAGUAGCGUAGAGCCAGAAAAUGAUACAAAUACUUCUCGCAGAACAUCUUUCUCCAAUAGCGCAGCUCGCAGGAUGAGCGUUCGUUUGCCUGGUAUGAAGAGCAAAUCUGCUACCCCUAAUCGUACGGCAACAACAGAAAGUGACGAUUUCUCAACCGAAAAAGAAGAAAAGGAUAAUUUGCCUCCUCCAGUUCCCGCUGUACCGGUAGAGCAUAGUAGACCUGCGGUUCUCAGUAAUGGAGAUGGUAGAACAGCUUCCUCAGGCCUAAUCAGAGAUUCCUCUAUUCCUCAACAUCCUCAUCAAAAGGCUGAGCAAAACGGCCAAAAUGGUCAAAAAGAAGAAGAAGGAGAGUCAAAAGGUGUUUUGGGCGGCGCAGUUGCAGCAAUCACUGGUGCAGGAGCCGCAGCUGGAGGAGCAGCCGCAGCUAUUGCAAGCAAAGUGACAGGAAACGGACAAAAUCAUGAAGAUGAUGAUGAUUAUUCGAGCGAAGACGAAUUUCACGAUGCAGAUUUGGGUGAUAUUCAAGAACACGAUGAAGAAGAAGAUCAUUCUACCGAACAUCAUCAACAACAAGAACGACCUUCUGCCGCUCAACGUGAAGCCAGCCACCAAAGUCACGCUUCCCACCAUCGUCAUCGUGGCUUGAGUGAAGGUGAAGGUGUUGCUCUAGGCGGAGCAGGCGCAGGUGCAGCCGUAGCAGCAGCAAGUUCAAGAUCAAAAGACUCUUCUUAUGGAGCCAAACGAUCAAGCUCACCCGAUCAAACCAUAUCCAGCAAUCGUGCUUCCAGUAUUCGAAGCAACUCUUCUCGUACACCCUCUCAAUUACGUGGAACUUCAGGUGCCAAACGCCGAUCUGGAAGUAUGCCAACGGGCAACGACUCUCAAACUCCAACAGAUGCAAAAGCACGCAACGAAACACCAUUCUACGUUCGUGAAAAGUCUGCUCGUGUACGUAAAUUGACGUAUGACGAUGUAGUGAUGACGGAAGAAGAAAUGUUUGCAGAUAUCAAAGAGGCACGUAAAGCACUUAAUCUCUUCUUGAACUCACGCAUGCUGGAAGCCGAAGAAAUGAUCGCCAAGUAUGCUGAUCAAAAGCUGUAUUACGCUUUGGGAGAUGCUUUGAUUGCUGUUAUCAAAGGUUUCAUGACUUUUGAACCUGAAGAUUUGGCAAAAGCUAUCUCUUACUGCAAAGAUGCAUUGCAUAUGGCUACACUCUUGCGUAAGCAAACCAAUUCGGUCUCAAACUUUGGUCGUUUCGUUCGCGGUACCGGACAUGGACCAAGUACGAUGGCCAACAUGAGCAUCGUUCAACGUCAUGCCGAACUAAUCUAUGCCGAGAGUCUCUUGCUGAAAGCCGUUAUGGGUAUUUUGUAUUCGGGAGACUUUUUCGGCUUUGUUGCAGAAGCUUUGAAUAUGCGAAAUGCAUAUGGUAUCUAUCGUUCUUUGUCCAAGUACGUCGAAUGGGCUGAUGAACGUGCAAGUGGAUCUCGUGAUGAGACCAUCGAUGAAGAUUUCCGAUCCGGUGUUUAUUUGGGCAAUGGAUUGAUCAGUAUGAUCUUGGGUCUUUUGCCCGGCAAAGUUUUGAAGAUUAUGGAAGUGUUUGGUUACACUGGUGAUACGAAAUGGGCCCUCAAGACAUUGGCUCGUGCUGGUGAAUGGACUCAUAAGUCUGACAAGCCAGGAAUGCCAGUCGAAAAAGAAGGUAUUCGCAGACAAGUAUGUGAUAUGGGUAUUUUGCUCUACCAUUUGGUCAUUUCGACUUUCAUUCCCGUCACUGGUGUCGAUAUCGAUUUCGCAGACAAGGUUUUGCACUACAAUCUAGAAAGAUAUCCCCAAGGUGUUUUCUUCCUUUAUUUCUCUGGACGAUUAUACUCUACCCAAUCAUUGGCCGAGAAGGCAAUCACUCAAUUUAAAGCAGCAAGAGAUGUGCAAAAAGAGUACGUUCAACUUCAACAUAUUUGUAUUUGGGAUAUGUCACUCUGUCACAUGUCUUUGACGCAAUUCGAACAAGCUUACAAAUGUUUCACCACACUACUCAAAGAUUCCAAUUGGUCCAAGUGUGUUUAUUCGUACGGUGAAGCUGCAAAUUUGUAUGCUAGCACAUCAGACCCCAAAGAUGCAAGACGUCAAGAGGCAGGCAAGAUUUUCUCAAGUGUACCUGAAAAGAUGCAAAGAAUUGCCGGAAAAUCUAUUCCGAUGGAAAAAUUCUGCGCAAGAAAGGCAAAGAAGUACAACAGACAACAAAGAUUACUCUUGCCCGGUCUUGAAUUUUCUUACAUUUAUCAUUGUUUCACAAAUGCUCCCGCUUACAGUCUUUGCGAUAAUCAAUUGGUGGAUAUCUCUGAAGCACUUCAAGAAAUCAAUCAAGUUCAAGAUCCAAGUGAAUACUAUUCCGGUGCUGACGAAUAUUGGGAUGAUUACUGUUUAGCACACUUUUUGCGUGGUGUGACUUUACGUUAUAUCGCUUAUCCUGAAAAGCAUGCCAAAUUAAACGAAUCUGAACAUCCAAUUCCUCAAAAUGAAGCAGCUGAACAAGCAGAGAUCAGUUUGCGUAACGUGAUCGAAUCAUCUCACAGACUCUCUUUGGACCAUUAUUUGUGCUACUUUGCCCAUUACGAAUUAGGUCGCUUAUACGCCAGUCAAGGCAAUACAUCUGAAGCUCGUGAACAUUACGAUAUGAUUAUGAGUGGAAAGACUUUGGAAGCAUCAACGAAAGGAAAGGGAAAGUAUAGUAUGCAAAACAUGUGCACUUUACGAACAAACGGUGCUUUAUCAGUUCUUUAAACAAAAAAACGGAUCAUUUGGAUACUCUCUCUCUUUCUCUUUACUGGAAUUCAACGUGUACAUUUUCUUCUCUUCUUUACGGUGCUCUUUGGUUUCUCUUUUGGCUCUUUUAACGAUUCCCAUCCAUCUAUUCAUGGAAACUUUUUGUCUUUUUC